AUGGCGAAUAAUUGGCGGGAAAAGGCAGCGCUGGUAAGCGACCGAGCUAUUGUGCUGUCAACGCGCAGGUCGCUUCGACCCACCAGGAACCUUUUCCGCGGCCGCCGUGCCGCGCUUCCCUCGCGGGCGAGUCGAUUCCCCCCUCCCAAAGGUGGCGUGUCGCCUGAGCGCGCCAUCGCUCAAACUCAUGCGUCUUUUAACUUCACGUCCAACCAACCAGAAGCUGCUUGCCGGGGUUGUGGUAGCCAACCAUUUGCUUCGCGCCGCUCAUGGCCGAUCGCGCGCCAACUUCAAUCCUGUCGAGUGCUCAGCGGCCAGCUGGCAGCCGCAUCCUUCUGCCAGGAUGUACGACACCCAAUGAACAACUCCAACUCUACAGUGCAUCCAUCCCACUAA